AUGUCGACGACACUUUAUCUCGUUAUUGCCGGUGCUGUUGCGACAGUCUGGCUGGGGUGGACCUUGUUGAAAUCGCCACCCAAGCUUCACAUAGCACAUGUACAAUUUGAAGGCGACAACUCGAUGGCAAGAUACAUUUCAGAGACGAAGACCUUGAUGGAUCAAGGCCAAGCACAGCAUCUGAAGAAAGGGCGCCCGUUUACGAUACGCAACCCUUCGGACGAGAAGCAUCCACUUGUUAUUCUACCCCUGAAGUAUCUCUCAGAGGUCAAGAGUGCACCCCAGAGCAAGCUGAGCUUUCCCACCUUCCUGGACAAGAGCAACCUUCUCACUGUCGUCGGUGGCCCUACUAUGAACUUCGAGGUGACCCGCAUGGUGAGGCUUAGAGUGAAUCGAGCCCUUAAGGACUUGGUAGAGCCACUGCAAGAUGAGUGCUUAUAUGCUUGGAACAAGGUCGUGCCAGCAUGUGCAGACUGGACACCGAUAACGUUAUUCCCUAUACUAAAUCAGUUAUUUGCUCGAAUCGCUGCACGGGUUAUGGUUGGUCCAGAGCUCUGCCGCGACGAUGAAUGGCUGAAUCUGGCCCUGUCAUAUACCGAGGCCAGUAUAAAGGCUAUUCGGGGUGUCAGAGCAAAGUACCCGCCGUCACUGCGUUUUCUUGCCCAAUAUCUCGACAGCAAUGCACGAGAAGUUUUGAGAAUACGGCGUCGUGCGGCCCAGAUGCUGGGUCCUUACCUGGAGGCCAGGCGGAGUGGUCGGGACAGAUCUAACAGCGAUGACGCGCUUCAAUGGCUGUUAGAUACAUACGAGUCGAGGAAGAAAGCGUUAUCCGCCGAUCAGCUCGCUCAGGAUGAGUUCAUACUCAAUGUUGCAUCCAUCACGAGCAGUGCAGCGGUUGCGCUCUCCAUCAUUUACGACUUGAUUGACCACCCCGACUCAUUGCAAGAGAUCAAAGAGGAAAUAAGCAGAGUAUUUGGAGAGUACCAGACUUGGACUCGAGCCAGCCUCAAUUCUCUGCUCUUGCUUGACAGUUUCAUGAAGGAAAGCCUGCGACUUCACACCCUUCAACAAUUGACUGUGCAGCGAGCUGCUUUGGUACCUUGGACAUUCAAAGAUGGUUUCCAACUACCUGCAGGAACCAACAUCUCCUUCGCCAGCCAGCAACUGAAUCUUGACGAAGACGUUUACCCUGACGCUCAGACAUUUGACGCCAAACGGUUUCUACGCAAACGCGAGAACAUCGACCCUAACAAAUUCCACUUUGCCUCAGUAUCGGAUGACUCCAUCAUAUUUGGGGCAGGGUUCCAUGCUUGCCCUGGGCGGUUCCUCGCACAAGAUGUGCUUAAGCUGAUGCUUAUCCAGCUUUUGAAGCGAUAUGACUUUAAACUUUCUGGCGCUAGUCAAAGUCGCCCCCGGGAUAUCGCUUACAAUUUUUCAGUGAUGCCCAACAUAGGAACACAGCUGCUUAUGAAGGAGAAACCGACUCAGAGAUGA